CCGCUCGAUGAAACGCACGAGGUGCGGCCUGCCACGUCGCGCGGCGAAGUAUGGGCGGAGCUGUGAAGCGAAAGUUGACAGUUGCCGCCGCUCUUUUAGGGGGUGGCGCCACUGCUACGGGCCAGCUCCCCGUUCGGGUAGGCGCCGGGAAUCAGUGUGGAAAGAGUUUUCUGUGUGCGUCGGAGUGAUUUCUCGUCUCGCUUGCACGCCUUUUGUCCGCCCACGUGGUAGUACACAAGUGUCUAGGUCCUUGUCGUGUUGCAUGUCGCGCUAUGCCGCGCAACUGUUGCGUGCCGCUGUGUACUACUAACGCAAGAAAAUAUCCUUUAAUCCGGUACCAUGAGUUUCCGUGCGACGUAGAACGCCGUAAAGCAUGGAUUAAAAACAUUUCGCGACAGGGAACAAGUGGCAAAGGAAGCAUUUGGGAGCCGAGUGACCGGUCUUUGGUGUGUGCGCUUCACUUCACCGACGGUGACUAUAAGAAGUCAACGAAGCUAAAAUUCUUGCUUCCAACAGCUGUUCCCACUGUUUUUCCAAACUAUCCGGAGUACAUGCGGAAAGAAAAUGGACAAAAACAAGGGCGGAAGCGGCGUCGAAGCGGUUGUGGCCAUGUUUUUGAUGCACAGGAAGAAGCAGUGGCUCAUCGUAAGAAAUUGGAGCAGGAUACAAUAGUAAGUGCAUCUACCUCUUUUUCUUCUGACGGCGAUGACCAACAACACCUUGUCAUCGAGUCGUCAACAGAAAAGUGCUCCGAAAGUGUUUUGCUUGUCGAUAAAGCAUGUGAAACAACGCUGAACCUCGUGAACGUGUUGGAUGAUGCCAAAAGGAUAGAGCACCGGCUCAAAAUGAAAAUUAAACGCCAGCAAGAGGCGCUUCAGAAGCUGCAAGCAGAGCAUGAUGCAAUGAGGCAGCGACUUCAAGACUAUGAUCAGAGCAAAGAAAUCCAGGACUUUGUGGACUUGCUGAAAUCAGCAGAUGAAGGGGAUAAAAAUGCUCUGUUUAUCAAAAACCAAGUAUGCAAUUACUGCAGCAAGAAGCCGAAAUAUAAUGAAACAAUAUUGCGAGAGUGUGUGCUUUGGAAGGCAUGUUCAAGUAAAGGCUACGAGCACGUUAGGAUACGAAACCUUUUCAAAUUGCCGUGCCGAGCCACAUUACAAAACUACGUCGGUCAAUCAACGGGUGAAAUUGGAGUAACCACCUUAAUCAGAGAACGCCUUCGUGUUGAGUACGAAGGGCUAAGUGUAGAACAAGAAGCUUUCUGUUCUCUAAUAAUCGACGAAAUGGCCAUAGAUCAGAAAGUUAUAUAUGACCGACAGGUGGACAAGAUCUUUGGUCUCGUUGACAUGGGCACAGCAGAACAGUCUACCAGUUUGCCACUGGUAGCAAACCGCUUACUAUGUUUCGUUCUGAGAGGCCUAUCGACGGCUUACAUAAUCCCUGUGGGCUACUUCUUCACACGCUGUCUGAAAAAUGACAAGCUUUUUUCCAUGACAAUGGAAGUCAUGAAAGCAGUUGAGCAAGUGGGCUUUCGCGUAGCGAGAGUUGUGACAGACAACCACCAGACAAAUGUUUCCUUGUUCAAGCGUUUUUCCCAGGAUGGCACACUUGUUCAUGCUGUUCCCCAUCCGUUGCGGGAAUGUGACCCACUUUUCUUGUCGUUCGACCCAAACCACCUAAUCAAGAACAUUCGAACGAACUUUCUUGAACGUGAGAUUUUAGAUGGAGAGAAAGUCAUUCGGGGCGGCUUCUACUUGAAAAAACUAUUCGACAUUCAGUCUUCUUUGCUUCUGAAGUCAGUAAGGUUUCUUACACGCUCCCAUGUCGAGCCCACCAACAUCGAAAAGAUGAAAGUGCGGAGAGCCACGCAAACUAUGUCUUCAGAGGUAAUUGCAACGCUACAGUUUCUCCAGCAAUACCCAAAAUGUCACCCUGAAGCACUGCUAUUUAAAGACUGCGGCGCCACGAUUUGCUUUAUGAAAAUGGUAGCACAGUGGUACGCCCUCCAUGACAUUGGGGUGGUGAAGCCACGGGGACUCCAAGAAGGGCCGUUUUACAGCUCAGAUGAUGAACGGCUUUGCUGGUUGGAAGUGGACUUUGUCGGCUACCUUGAGGACCUCCAGAUGAAUGGCGGGAAGUCGACGCAAAAAAUGACAAAAGAAACCUAUGAAGCUACACUUAUGACGACGAGAUCCACAGUAGCACUGACUGAGUACCUCCUUGAUCAUAUCAACUUCCGCUACGUCCUCACACGGGGCCUAAAUAGCGACCCUGUGGAAUCGCUGUUCAGCAGCCUUAGGCAGUUUAACGGCGGAAAUGACAGAGUCGAUGCGAGAGCUGCAGUCUUCACGGCGGAGAAACUUCUGAAGGUUGGAAUCCUGCAGGCGGCACAGAGUGCAAAUGCACCUACCACUUCUGAGAUGAAAACAGCACUCAAACAAGCCAUCGUGGGCGACGAAACUGCUCCCCUUCCAGAUGUCAUCAACUUUGCUACCAUGGAACUUGCGAGUGAGCUCGGUUUCGUAAAAUUGUGGUCUGGAGCAGAAGCUGACCUAGAGAUCGCCCCACUUAUUUACUUGGCUGGUUAUCUUGCACGUGUAUGCGAGGAGAAGGUACCAUGCGAGUCUUGCAAAACCUUAAUGCAGGUGACCGAGCCAACUGAAGAAGUUUACGGGUUGGUAAAAAACCUUGACCACGGAGCGCUGAAAUACCCGACAAUGCAAAUAACUGGUCUCUGCAAGCUGACCUGCAUCUUUGUUAAAAAAGUGAUGAAGUGCCCCGAGGUCAGGCGAAGUGGCAAGCUUUGCCGACUCUUGGUUUCAACACUCCUGCCACAUUUUGUAAAAUCUCGGGAACUGACGUGCGACAGGGAGGAUCAAGGCCACACCGAGGAAGUGUGCAAGAUUUUUCUAAGCAAAUUGUUACGGCCGCUACUGGCGAACUGGGCCGGGGACCUGAAUGAAACUGUGGAACGGUUAAAACUCGCCUACAAGCCUCUGUCACGGAAGGUAGUACGAUUUUAAAGCUGCUGAACAAGGCGCUUUUCCUUAACUUCACAUCUUGUAAAUAAAGAAAACACUUGACACAGCCUCCCUCGAUAUUUUUUCUCGCCAUUCGAUGCAGCAUUCAUGCUGAAAAACUUUUUUGUUCACUGCAUCGUCUUUACAUAAAGGUGCUAAAACACAUCGUCAAUGUGGCUGAAUGUACGAUCCGUUGUAAACUGCAUCCUACCCAAUUCACCCAGAAAAGUGAAACUAAAGAAAUCUAGCAGAAUAUAGUUAUCCGUACCUAUGCCAUUACGCACGCAUUUGUAAGAAGUUUCAUUUUACGUUUAUUAUUAUUAUUUUUUAACCAGCAAACAAGCACAUCAAGUGAGACAAGUAAAUCGGCACACUCAACAAAAGCACCAGCUGUAUAAGCAGUUCUGCCGCUCAAUAAAUAAUACGCCAGUUCUCUUGAACGAUGGUCGUGUGGCUCGAAACCAGCGGCAAAGGUGCGUC